GCCUACUUCCCCUUCACUCUCUUACCUCCUAGGUCGCAGAGAUCACACUAUGCUACGUCAGAAAUAUGCCCAGAUAAUCGCAGAAGGGAUACACUCCGCCUAGAUUACUAGCGGGAGCUCUACGUGUCACUCCAAAAAGAUACGGGGUGGUGAGUCUCAACUGCGGUUGUAGCCUACACACCCACCUGCGGCGUAAGUCGCGAUGGCGAACAACCCUGCAAAAGACGGCUCUUUGCGGUCUCAAGACGAUCCUAGAGGCGAAAUUGAGCAGUCGACAUUUGUUCCAAUUAUCGAAACGGAUGAGGACUCAUCGCAGGAAACACUGCGGCGCUCUAGAGUAACUGGGAGAGGCGGUUAUGGAACAAUCGACGUCUCUGAAUCAACUUCCGCACGAAUGCCUUACACGGAGGAGGACGAACCUGCCUCAGGCAACGCCGAAUCUUUUGCAACGCUGCGUUUGGUCCCCAGUGGCAGCCAGAGCGAUAAGUCCAGAAAACCCACGGCCAUUCGACGUAUGUCAUCAAAACGACCAGCUCCUUAUCGUGGCCAGGAAUUCUCAGUCGAUGAUGACCCGCAAGAGGUUGAGCAGGACAACGCCUUACAACAAACAAGUAAUCCCCCUCAGCCAUCUCCAAGGAUCACUCCUCAAGCAAGGGGAACAUCUACUUUGAGAAGGAGAACAAAUGUGGCGACCUCAACUCUGUCUCGUAAGGCUAGUUCCCAGGACGACGAGGAUGACUUCAUGCUUCCAGAACCUGGACCAAGCACUAUUGUCGAAACCGAUUCGCAAGACCAAGGAGAAGACGACGGUGCCAAUGAUGAUGACGAUGGGCUUAGUGAUGCGGAAAGUUUUACGUUGCGAGACCGCCAAGAAGCAAUCAAUGAAACUCAUCCAUUCGGUAUCAGGAUUUGGAAACCUGCUUUAUAUAAGAAAAACCGUUCAGUUGAAAAGACAGCGGAAGGAGAUAUUCACUCCUCACCAGGUGGUCGCGUUAGCAACAUUCUAUUUUUUGUUAAUAUUAUGUGGACUUUAAUUUUUGGGUGGUGGCUUGCGGUCGUUGCUAUGUUAGGUGCUAUAGCUUGUUUUAUUUGCAUCUUUUCGCCGCAGGCAAAGGAUUAUGGCAAGGUAUUCCUGGGCUUGUCCCGCUACUUGUUAUACCCAUUCGGAUCCUUCGUUCGACUAGAGAGUGACGAGCACUACUUUGAAGAGGAUGAAGGAGAAGGACGAAGUAUCAGCGAGUACGAACAGUGGCAGAGCGGUGACUUGGAACACGGGCGGCUGUUCUUUGGCCCCUUGAAUAAUCGGUCACUUGUUGGCCGUCGGCGAAAUAGCAUUGACUCGGGCUUUAGUGAGCACGACAGUCUCCUUGGACGGACUGGUAGAACUUCUGGCCGGGGUAGUAAUGCUACCAAACCAAAACGGCGGUUAUUCGGUCGAGGAGAAUGGAGCUUGCCUAGAGUUGUUUUCUAUGCCUUCUUUUAUUUCCUGACAGGGCCGUUGAUGCUUCUGGUUUCACUAAUUUGCUGGCUGCUUGUCUUUUGGAUACCGAUGGGACGAGUUAUGAACAUCCUAGUAGACCAUCUUCGUCGUCAUCCCCUUGCUUUAUCUUUUCAUUCCGAUACAACCUACACUCGACUACCUUCUGGCUCUUCUUCAUCUAUUCUUCUUUGCACUUAUCGGGCAGCUGGUACACGCUACUGGAAAUACACAAUCGAUGGAACUAAUAUAUUCUUCAUCAAUCUUCUCAGCAUCGUCAUAUUCGCCAUUUUUGACUACUGGGUAUUGGAUGUGGCUCUCGGUGUCAAAUCUUGGAUCACUCAUCCUGGAUUUAUUUUCAUUCUUGCUCUCUUUUCGAUCAUUCCGCUGGCGUACUUUAUCGGUCAGGCAGUGGCCUCCAUUUCAGCCCAAUCUUCCAUGGGCUUGGGUGCCGCUAUUAAUGCCUUCUUCUCAACGGUUGUCGAAGUGUUCCUUUACUGUGUGGCUCUUGGAGAAGGCAAGGCGCAGUUGGUCGAAGGUAGCUUGAUCGGUAGUAUCUUCGCUGGUAUUUUGUUUCUCCCAGGACUAUCGAUGUGUUUCGGCGCGAUCAAACGUAAAACGCAGAGAUUCAACGUCAAAUCGGCAGGAGUCACGUCAAACAUGUUAUUGUUCGCCGUCAUCGCUGCUUUUGGACCAACCCUAUUUUAUCAGAUAUAUGGCAGUCAUGAAUUGAUAUGCCGAUCAUGUGUUCACAUGGCAGGCGAACGUGAUUGUCGUCGAUGCUAUUUCUCUCAAGUACCCGCUGUGAAUGACAAGUUUUUCCAAAAAGCAGUCCAGCCAUUUUGUUGGUUUGCGGCAUUCUUUUUGUUUCUGUCAUAUGUCAUCGGUCUCUGGUUCACACUGAGGACCCAUGCGGCCGUCAUCUGGGCAACUGAGGCAGACGAUAAGAAAGUAAUUCAAGCCACACACGAGAAUUUCCCGCCUGAAUCAAGGCCAGCAAAUUUGGUAAAUGGGCCGAGUAUCUUUGGUGCUGACUUUCAUCGGAGUAGCAUCCGCGACUCACAGCUGUACAAACGGAUCUUAGGACAUUCAUUACAACAGGUUGGACUGUCGGGAAAUUGGGAUCCGACCGAUAGCAACCUCACUACGGAUGGAGUACCACCUCACGCUAUACCUCCUUUGCAAAGGACUAACGACGAUCCAAAUCGAUUGAAUCUUCGUGGACUUACAGAGGAAGAUAAUGAAAGCCUGGCCCGCCAACUAGCCGAGGUUGCAGCAACUGCAGCAACAGUAGCUGCCCGCGACUCUGCAAGGUCCUACAGAAAAACAUCGGUUAAUCCUCAAGGAGCUGUACGGACUGAACAAGCUAAGCAUACAGCACGGCCAGGGCAUAAUACCGAGGAGCAAGAGGACAUGGGUGUGCUAGUGGAAGGUUCACACAACAGUGGUGGCCAUGACGCACCAAACUGGAGCAAGACGAAGAGUUCGGUCAUUCUUCUUUCAGCCACAAUUCUUUAUGCAAUCAUAGCCGAAAUGUUGGUCAACACCGUUGACGUCGUGCUGGAUAGCGUGGACAUUGACGAAAAGUUCCUUGGGAUCACAUUAUUUGCGUUGGUUCCCAACACAACUGAAUUUCUGAACGCAAUUUCUUUUGCUAUGAAUGGAAACAUUGCUCUUUCCAUGGAGAUUGGCUCGGCUUAUGCUCUUCAAGUUUGCUUACUUCAGAUCCCUGCUUUAGUACUAUACAGCGCUAUGAAUGCCCAAUUUGUCGAUCCUGCUGACCUCGGCAGUCAUUCCUUCAAUCUUAUCUUUCCUCAAUGGGAUAUGGUGACUGUGAUUCUUUGCGUCUUCCUGUUAUCAUACGUGUACGGUGAAGGAAAGAGUAACUAUUUCAAAGGCUCGAUCCUGGUCCUCACUUACCUAGUUGUCGUGAUCGGCUUCUACUUAUCUGGUUACAAUGACCUCGAAACCCUAGGCAUCGAUCGAUUUGACACUCUAGCCCUUGGAAGCUCGGAAAAAUUCUUCACAAUCGGACAACGUACAAACGGUGUCGCCUUUUCUCCGUCAGAAUAGGGCUUGAAAUGUUUUAGUUGCUGUCUGUGUACUUUGUUGUUUAAUCUAUGCGUAUACGUCGUGGUUGACCAUAACAGGCUCUUUGCUUUAUUAUAAUUAUACAUGCCGCUUCAUUUUGGACUCUGCAUAUAGUUACCCUUUUGCAUAAGUUUGGUGUUCAUGAUUUCCCUCGUCUUGUAAUUAGAGGCUAUGUCAUUCGAGCUUGACAAAUUCUGGAUUUCUCUCGUAAUCAUAUAUCGACAUAUCAACGAAGUAACUAGUUUGUAACUUCUUCUAGUUCAUAGCAUAUUUCACCCGCGAACAGCGCACCCUAAUUUGUUUAUGAUUUUGGUAUUUUCCCCGGGUUCUAAAGCCCCGGAUGUUCUUGC